AUGAACAAGGGCGUUGUUUACAAAAAGUUCAAAUAUUCGGAUGAACAGCUGCAACUGGCAUUAGUUGCAGUAAAACGUGGCAUGUCAAUCCGGAAAGCUGGAUUGGAAUACGAUAUUCCGUUCACAACAUUGCGGGAUAAAAUACGGAUGAAAUACACGGGAGGUGCGAGACCUGGAAAAUCUCCAGUACUUUCAUAUGACGAAGAACUGCGAAUUGCCGAGUGGGUGCCCCUUAUGGCUCGUGCAGGAUUUCCAGUCACCUUGAAACAGGUGCGUAUUUGUGUUGCACAAUUUCUUAAAAGGAUCAAAAGAGACACUUCGUUCAAUAAUGGAAUCCCUGGACAAAAAUGGGUUGAAUUAUUUUUAAAGCGUCAUCCCGAACUAUUUCGUCGUAAACCGAGUACUUUGGCACGGUACCGAGCAACGAUUCAAGAAGAUCAGAUUAGAGCAUGGUUUGAUGAAGUGCGUAGCUACAUUAGAGAUGAGAAUCUGGAAUAUUUACUGAAGUGUUCGGACAGAAUAUUCAACCUUGAUGAGACGGCGUUUGAGCUAGUGGUUCGAAAACGAAAAUGUCUGUCGACGAAAGAUACCAAGCACCUCUAUUCGGUGUGGGGUAACAACGAUAAGGAAAGUUACACUGCUUUAUUUACGGCAAGUGCCAGUGGCAAGUUACUUCCACCUUUGCUGUUAUUCCCGUACAAAUCCAGACUACCCGGGGAAGUCAUCCGUAGCGCUCAAGCGGAUUGGGGCAUCGGUAAAACCGAUAGUGGUUGGAUGACUGGAAAUGCAUUUUAUGAGUUUUUAAAAAAUAUAUUUCAGCCAUGGCUUGAGCAGGAGAACAUUCCUUUGCCAGUGCUUCUGUUUGUCGAUGGUCAUAAGAGCCAUGCAACGCUUUUAAGUACCGAAUUUUGUAAGAAAUUCAAUAUUAUUCUAGUUUGUCUGUUUCCAAAUUCUACGCAUUUAACUCAACCAUUAGACGUGAGUUUUUUCGGACCUUUGAAAAAACGUUGGGAGGAUCAACUGUUGGAUUUUCGUCAAAACACGGAAUGCGGACAAUCGCAAGAAGCGAGAUUUGUCCCCUUGUGA